AAAUUUUUUUAGUGAAUACUGAAAUAAAAAUUUGAAUAUGUUUUUUAUUAAACUUUUUGUAAUUUUGUUAAUAACACACUUAUCAAAGGCCUCUCGUGUUGGAUGUGCCUUAGAGAAACAAGAAAUAGUAUGCGAACAAGCUACAUACUCGGAAGUACAGCACAUCACCAAGGAAUUAUACAAUGAAUCGUAUAAUAAACUGACAAUAAAGAACAGUUUAGUCAAAAAAAUUGAUUCAAAUUUGUUUCAUCAAAAUUGUAUUGGUCGAUUGCAACAAUUACAAAUACUGAACACACCUGUUACAACAAUUACAAGUACAGCAUUUACACAUUUAGUUAAUUUAAAUACAAUUACAAUUGACAAUAUCAAUAUAAAAACAAUUAAAUCAAAUACUUUUUCAAGUUUACCAUUGUUAAAAACUGUAGUCAUAACAAAUAACACAAAAUUAAGUUCAUUAUCCAAAAAGUCAUUUAACAAUUUAAUCAAAUUGAACAGUGUACAAAUUGACAGUAAUUUAAGAUUAAAAGAAAUUGCACAAUGGUUUGUAGCUGUACCAAAUAUUGCAAAAAUAUCGAUCCAAAACUGUGGUAUUAAAUCAAUAACAAAAUCAGGAUUUAAUGAAUUAACAAAUUUAACUGAAUUAAAUUUAAGUCAAAAUCGUUUUACAUCAAUUGUUACCAAACGUUUUGAUCCAUUAAUCAAUUUAAAAAAAUUAAAUUUAGCUCAAAAUAAUAUAGCUAAAAUAUCAAAUAAUGCUUUUAAAGAAAAUUACAUAUCUGAAUUAGAUGUUGCUCAAUUACUUGAAAAUGCACCACAAUUAAAAACAUUAAAUAUUCAUAAAAACUUAUUUUUAUGUGAGCAUUUACAAGUGAUUAUUGAUCAAUUAGAUGCAAAAGAAAUUAAUUAUAAUGGUACAAAAAGUUUGCUUGAGCCACGUACUGUAGAUCACAUAAAUGGUGUUGUUUGUUACGUUAGUAGUUAA